AUGGAUUGCAUUGUUUUUCAGCACUCAUUCUUCCUCAAACCCUCAAACACAUCCUUAAAUCUUACUCACCAGCUAGGAAGCACAAGUAGAAUUCGGGCAUGGAAGUUCGGAACUUGCUGCGGCAAUCAAAACGUAAACGGCUCGUUGCUGUUCGAUCAAUCUUCGUCCUCCCCUUUACCUCCUUUUGGGACGCUGGAAACUGAAAUAACCAACGAAACCAUCGAUUUCUUUGUGAGCGAUGCUGAGGACGAUCCUGACCGUCCGUCUCCAGGCUACUCUCCGAUCGAACAAGCACUUAAUGCUUUGCGACAAGAAAAGUUUGUGAUGGUUGUGGAUGAGGAUGAAAUUGGUAAUGUAGAAGGGAGUCUUGUAAUGGGGGCAUGCCACACGAGCGAGAAGAGAAUAGGAUUCAUGGUGGGACAUGGGUCGGGCAUAGUCUCGGUGGGGAUGAAAGGGGAGGAUCUUGAGAGGCUUAAGCUGCCUUUGAUGUCCCCUGAAAACGAAGACGAUUCUUCGGCUCCUUCAUUCACUAUCACAGUGGAUGCUAAAGUUGGGACAACAACCGGUGUAUCGGCUUCAGAUAGAGCAAACACUGUACUUGCUCUGGCAUCCCCAAAAUCGAGACCCAAAGAUUUCAAGAGACCAGGCCAUGUGUUCCCCUUAAAGUACAGAAAUGGUGGUGUUUUACGUAGAGUGGGCCACACUGAGGCUUCUGUUGAUUUGGUAACGUUAGCUGGUUUGCGGCCAGUCUCUGUUGUAACAUCUGUAGUCGACUUUGAAGAUGGUUCUCUGGCCUCCGUGGCCUAUUUAAAAAAGUUGGCCUCAGACCACAACCUUCCAAUUGUUUCCAUCACUGAUCUUAUAAGGUACCGGCGGAAGAGGGAAAAACUAGUGGAAAGAAUAGCGAUUUCGCAAUUCCCGACUAAAUGGGGUACGUUUCACGUGCACUGUUACCGUUCGAAGCUUGACGGGAUGGAGCAUAUGGCCAUCGUUAAGGUAAAACUAUAA